AUGUGGAGCGAGCUUGUGGACGAGGAGGGCCGGGUUUAUUACUAUAACUCGCAGACCGAACAGACGCAGUGGGACCGGCCGGACGAUCUGGGCGAGAGUGUUGUGGAUCAGGCGUUGGAGAAGACCCAGUGGCGGCGGUUUUUGACGGAUGAGAAGGAGGUUUACUAUUACAAUGAGGAGACCCAACAGAGUGUUUGGACGCUUCCGGAGGAGGUGAGGAAGCUUUUGGGGGACGGCAAGGUCGAGGAAGCUCAACCGACGGAAAUAGUCGCGGAGGAGACGUUGGAUUCGUGCAAACUCGUGGACCUGGCUUCUUUGGUCACAGAAGACGGGCUCAAGCUCGAAGAAACCGCUGGCAACGACAACUCGCAGUUCUUGCAGAUGUUGGCCGACUUUUCUGUCGGCACAGACUGGACGUUCCAGCAGGUGAUGGAUCGGUGUAUUGGCGACAAGAGGUACUGGAGUGUGGCCGACUCGUUUGAGAGGAAGCAGACCUUUGAGGUGUAUUUGUUGCGCAAAGCAGACGAGGAGUUGAGGGAGAAGGAGAGUUCAAAAGACAGCUACAGAAACGCAUUUUUCCAGGUGUUGGACAAGCAAGAUAUCAGGUACUACACGCGGUGGAAGACGUGUGCGCGGAUGAUUGUGGACGAGCCGGUGUACUCGCUGAUUCCGCCCAAGAUGAAGCGGGAAUUUUUCGAGGAGUAUAGCCGCAAGCUUCGGAACGAGCACGAGGCGGCCGUGCGGGAGCUGCGGCGCAAGGAGCUCGACGAGGUGGAGGUGAUUCUGCGGGGCGAGAUGACGAUGAUGUCCAAGGUGGACGACGUUUUCAAGAGCCUGGACUUCUCCCGGCUGCCGAACAUCACGCAUUUGGACGUUCUGACGAUUUACGAGAGCAUAAUGACCGAGCUGGAAAAGACGUUCGAGAAGACCGUCUCGGAGAAUAAUAAAAAGAACUACAGAGCCGACAGAAGGGCCCGCGACGGGUUCCGGCAGCUGCUGGACGAGGUGAGUCGCAAGACCGAGUUCACGGCGAAACUACGCUGGCACGAGCUGUUGUCGUACAUCAAGGACGACGAGCGGUUCUUGGAGCUAUGCGGACGCAGAGGAUCGUUGCCUAUUGAUUUCUAUUGGGAUAUAGUGGACCGGGAGAACCAGUCGCUGAAGGCCAAGCGGGACUUGGUCAAGCAGGUCAUCAAGAGCGUGGACAACAUGUCGCUCGAGGAGUUCAGCCGCGUGGUGAUGGCAAAGGUCGAAAACGUGUCGGAGAGCGACUGUCGACUGAUCCGCGAGAUGCUUUUGGAAGAAAGCCGGCAGAAGGGCGAAGGCGACCGCAAAAAACGGCUCAUGACUCUGGGAUACGGGGUUUCCAAACGCUGA